UCUCAAGAUGUGGAGACUUUAUCAGGCAAACAAAUAAGGAAGAUUACUGAAGAGCUUUUUUGACUUUUAUUGACAGUCCAUGGGUUUUCCAUUAUAAAAAAAGCAAGAUCAAGCAUUUGUACUUCAUUCCUAACACAAAUACGUUGAUAGACUUGGAGUAUAAUUUCUGUGAAUGCAGUAGUGUUCUGGAAAAAUGUGGAGCUGCAUAACAGAUUUCUUUACCUACGAGACCACCAAGUCUGUGGUGGUAAAGAGCUGGACUAUUGGCAUCAUGAACCGUGUCGUCCAACUCCUCAUCAUCUCAUACUUCAUUGGCUGGGUGUUUUUGUAUGAGAAAGCAUAUCAAGUGAGAGACACAGCUAUCGAGUCAUCGGUCAUGACUAAAGUGAAAGGGUUUGGAGAGUAUAACAACCGGAUCAUGGAUGUAGCUGAUUAUGUCACACCUACUCAAGGGGCGUCAGUGUUCUGCAUCAUCACCAAGCUCAUAACCACAGAAAAUCAAGUUCAAGGACACUGUCCAGAGAGCGAUUCGAAAUUAAUAUGUGAAAAUAACAGCACUUGUAAGCAGAAGAUGUCAAAACCAUCCAGCAAUGGGUUGCUGACAGGGCGAUGCGUGAACUUCAACGCUACCAAAAAGACCUGUGAAAUGAAAGGAUGGUGUCCUGCAGAGAUUGAUGAUAUAGCGCCAAAACCCAUGAUGGAGGUGGAGAACUUUACCAUCUUCAUCAAAAACAGCAUUCGCUUCCCACGUUUUAACUUCACGAAAGGGAACUUUUUGCCCAACAUCCAAAAUUCCUACAUAAAGCAGUGUAAUUUUGACUUCGAGAAUAACAUGUAUUGUCCAAUAUUCAAAGUGGGGGAUGUGAUCCGAUUUGCACAACAGAACUUCACUACUCUUGCUCAACAAGGGGGAGUGAUAGGGAUAAAAAUAGCGUGGGUGUGUGAUUUAGACAAGGCAGAUGAUGAGUGCAAGCCGGCCUACUCCUUUACUCGACUGGACGCCAUGUCAGCGAAGUCCGCCGUGUCUCCAGGAUACAACUUCAGGUACGCAAAGUAUUUUAAAAUGGAGAACGGAACCGAGUAUCGCACUCUGCUGAAAGCCUACGCCAUCAGAUUUGAUGUGCUGGUUAAUGGAGAUGCAGGAAAAUUUGAUAUGAUCCCAACUCUAAUCAACAUGGUUGCUGCCUUCACCUCUGUUGGAGUGGGCACAGUGCUUUGUGACAUCAUUCUGCUGAACUUCUUGAAAGGAGCUGACCAAUACAAGGCCAAGAAAUUUGAAGAGGUGUCAGAUUCACAGGUUCAGAGCAGUAAUUCAUUGUACAGGAUCAGAGACCAAAGCCAGCAUUCAAUCAAAACUGAUGAGAAGUUCUCCAACGACUCUGGAGCAUUUUCCAUUGAACGUUAUAGUUAAUAGUGUGGAUUACAGCAUUUCAGGAAGAAUUUAUAGCUUUUCAUUAAUUGCACUUCAUACAGUAAUAAUUGAUAUAUAUUUUUUUCCACUAAACCUAGACCCUUCCACACAGAACAGUCUCGACCAAUAAACUAACAUUAUCAAUAAAAGUAGCUUCCAUAAGCUGUCAACAUUUGAUGCUGAACUUUCCCCUUUAAUUUUGCCUUUAACAUAAGGAAUAUUUUAACUAUAGCCGUGAUUCCAAUCUUAAAGAUGUCAAAAUCAAUCAGUCAAAAUAAAUUAUUUGCCUGACUGAUCUGUAAUUUUCAAAUAAUAGUAUUAAAUAGUAAUCAAAAUAAUGCUAUACAAUACAAUAAAUAGUACUUAAAUUCUGCUAUUUAUGCAUAUAGUGUUUGCAUGGCCUUAAUUAAUAAUUAGUUCAUAAUAUUCGUGUGAUUAUAUGGAAUACACCCAAAUGUAGCUAUAUGCAGCUGUAUGUUUUGUUUUAUCUCGUGAAUGUAUUGUUUAUUGUUCAACUAAUUGUUAAAAAAUAUCAGUCACAUUCUUAUUGUAGCAUUGCACGAUCAUUUUUCUGAGCUAUUAAAUGUUGUAAAUAAUUUCUUUAUACUACCACUAAUUCCAAUAAUAUGCUUGUAAACGUCGAUGCAGGUUAUAAGGAGGCUCAGGGCAAUAAAAAGUGUACAUUUACUUGUUAUUUGUAAAAUAAAAUAAAACGUUCUCAUCUUAA